AUUUCCUGGAGCGUUGUCUACUUAGCGCGGCUUUGUAGUUCUUCAUCAAAGCAUAAUAUGAUGAACUUAGAAAAACAGCUAAGGGCCUUCCAAGUGAUUAUUCAAAAGUCAACAAUACGCGUCGUUUGUCCUCAAUGCCUUCAAGGAUUUCCCCGUGCCGAUGUCCUCUACCGCCACUUUAAGACCGAGGGAGACAACAUUCAUAAGGGUCUUAGUAUGCGAAAAGUCGAUUUCAAAAAAUUCCUCGACUGCUACCAAGAGGCUCUGGGGGCUUCAGUUCCCGCCGAAAAGCUACGGUAUGGUUUCGAGUGUUUUGAGGUCAUGUUUGUGGUUGAGAAUUAUGCCAACGAUGCUGAAAGAGCUCGACUGAAUAUUUCCUCUCAGUCAUCAGAGGCGUAUGGAAACGAAUUGUCCGCUGAAGCAUAAGAGUUAGCCUUUUUCCAUCUCGAACCGGGGCUUUCGAAAGCCAACCACAACAAUGAAUCUUCAUACCAAGACGGCUUUUAGCAUUAAUGAACCACAUAUUUCGACGUGAAUGAGGAAAAUUCUACUAGCAAACAACUUUGGAUGGUUUCAGUGAAGGCUCUAGAGAUACCUCCUAAUUUUACAUAUGGAGACUAUGUU